AUGUGUGAAGGUAGCUCGCCCGGCAGGUGUCUCAUGGCCCAGCAGCAUGAGCCCGGUCGUCAUCAAACUACCGCUAGGAGGACAACAACAAGAAAAUGGUCACAAGAAGAAAAUAGGAUAGUGAUAAAGUGCUACUUUGAAAGUGUGCCAUCAAGAAAGGGUUACAGAAAAAGAAUGUUAGCGGCAUGGCAAGAGAGAGAAAUGUUUAUUGUCACAGAACAACGGCUAGUCGACCAAGCAAACCAGAUCCGCAAGAAAAAAUGGUUAAGUGAUUUAGAAAUGGAAGAAAUACAGAAAGAGGUAGAAGAAGGACAAUAUCGUGAAGCUGAUGAAUCAACUGAUGUUCUUGGAAGUGAAACCCAAGUUGAUCAAGAACAAGCAAAUGUAGCGUUAAAUGGGGGGGAAUGUAAUGCACAAGCAAGUGAACAAAUCGAACAGGAUAUAGAUAGACCGAACAUAGACCCAGAUGGAAAGUUUGUACUUGUAGAAGGGUGUGAAACAUCUCCAGAAGAGAUUUGCACAAUCGAAAAGAUGGAAAGUAUCUUGAGGAAAGAGAAAGUACGAUUACCACCCUUACGAGGAAUAGACAGAGGCAAAGUUAUGAAAGCUGUUCAGAAAGUGACUGCUGUUUUAGCAAAAGUUGUACCUAAAGACAUAUCAGCAACAAAUGAUCUGCUAUAUGCUGGGGCUGCUGUAGUUACCGAAAUGGUUGGAAUGAGAAAUUUAGCCUCAAGCAACAAGAGGGAGCCAUGGUGGAAAAGACGAUUGGAGAAACAAGUGAGAGAACUGAACAUUGAUCUAGGUAGAGUGAAUACGUUGAUACAAAAUGGAAAAAUCAAACACAAGUAUAAAUACGAUCUUGAAAGGCGAUACAAGGUCAGACAAAAAGGACUAAAAGCUAUAAAAGAAGAGAUCAAGCAAAGGAUAUCUGCAAAAGUUAGUAAAAUCAAGAGAUAUAGCAGUAGAAUCAAUCAAUAUCAACAAAACAGAGUUUUCCAAAACAACCAAAAGAGUUUUUUCAGCCACCUUGAUGGAGAAGGAGAACAGCAGAAUGAAGCACCAGAUGCAGAACAAGCAAAAGAGUUCUGGUCGGCGAUCUGGAGUAAAGAGGUUAAUCAUAAUAAAGAUGCAAAGAGAGUCAUUCGCAUGGCUCGAACCCGCGACCGCGACGUCAUAACCAAAGUAAACUAUAUUAAUCAACAAAAUUAUAAAUAUAAAAGAAUGCAAAUUGCGCCUUUACAUCGUCAACUCGGAGUUCUCGAAAUAUAUAACUUUGUCGUUACAUCGUACCUAACAAUCAGAACUGGCUACUUGCCAUAA